AAUUGGAGAAGUACUAAUAUUUGUCAAUAAAUAUAAGGUAAUAUAAGAUAAAAUAAAGUAGUAAAGCUCUUUAGUUUUGGUAUUAAUUUCGUAUUAGUUAUAUAAUAUAUAAAUCGCGGGAAACAUGUAGGUAGUGUUGUACGUUAAAAGAGUUGUAAAAAGGACGCUGUAAAUGAAAAAUUCUCUCAGAUGUAAUCUCUAAUCUGCACUUAGAUAAUAUCAAACAAGCCCUAAAAAUAGUGUUACGGGAAUUAAUCUCGUUUUGCAGUGUUCCAUAAAACCUUUUUGUCGCACACAUACAGCCUCGUUAAUCCGGGUGACCAUUCUGCUUCUUGGCUGCACAAGAAAAGAAGCACCAGGGGAUUCCAUUUGCUGGUACCGUCCCGCCCAGCUGAGGCCCCGCCUUUUAUGCUGGGCGGAUUUUAGUUUGCGGUUUUCCAUUCAGCCUGAACACCGAUAACGUGCGGACGUGUCAUACGUCACUCCGUCCGACAACUGGUUCGAGUUUCGCUGAAUAUCGAGAAUGGGAUCCGUGCAAGAAGAAAAAGCAGCAGAGGGAACUGCUAAGACUCACGUAAGAGAGCUGAGGAACACAGAACUGGUUUCCAGACUCUUAGCUGCCACCCCGCCAUACCUCUACAGCGCUCUACCAUUACAACCUCACGCCUUCUUCUUCAGUGAGAUGCUUCGAUCAUUUGUAAAUGCCCGCCACGGCUGCCGACCGCAACACUAUCACCGCAGGUUCAAACGGCGCUCCCAUAAAUACUUCGCCGAAAACGAAACAGACUGGAGGCGGGAAUGGCCGAAGUCUGAGGAAGAGAAAAAGGAACCGGAAAUACGACCCGAAGUUCCCCUCGAACUGACAGUUGACAAGCAGCCCCGAGUCGGCAGUCAGUCCCCGGGAAGGAUGACUCCAAAGUCUGAACCAUCAAAAACCACUAGCCCCGAGCCGCCAGGGAGGCAAUCUACGUUUGUUGAUGUCGGUACAGAAGAAUUACCAAAACCAGCCCCAUUAGGAAGGAAUCCAGUCGAAACUCCGGUCCCUCCAUCAAACCUAAUCCUACCACCGCCACCACCCAUGUGGUACCCCCCGCUUUACAACCCCCAAUUCGGGGUUGAUCCUUUAAAUUUUUUCAUCGAUCUCCGUGUCUCUGGGCACAUUUAUGAUAGGAAACGCGCUGAGGACAACAACAUCAGCCCAGAGAUGCGAUCCAACGAAGGUUUAGAGACACGUCUGGGUAAGGAGUUUGGUCAAAAGCCGAGGCACGUGUCAGCUUUCUCUGUGCCUGCAAGGGGUCAGGAUGUAACUGACAAAUACUUUGACCGAAGAUUCACGGGCAAACCAUACGGCACGUCGUACAUCAUGAGGAAUUUGAAGAGCGUUUACGAAAAUCUGAACGCUCUUAAACAAAAUGAUGAAGCUAGAGAGAAGAUGGACAACGCGAAGGCAGAAUCAUCAGAUAUAGAAGAUGAUAUCAUGGAUUAGCAGAUUUUAAGAGUUCUAGACUCACAGUAGAGUUGAUUUAAUUAAUUUUUAAGAUAUGCACUAUAGAUAAUAUAAGCAUUUAAUGAUCUCAAACCAUUUACACAGAUUAAACAGAACUUAAUGACACAUUUUUUUCAGAUUUAAACAAACAGUCAGAGUGGUCCACUGAGGAUUUACUGAAAAAUAUUCGGAAUAUCGAUUUAAAAAGUAAUUGUCCCGAAAAUAUUAGUUUAUUUAAAUGUUUUAAAUAAAAUUUUAAUAUAUGCGAAAAUAAUGUCGUAAUAAUCAAAUGGAGAAGUCAGUGAAAUAAGUGGCUUCAAAAUAAAAGAAAUAUUUUUAAUUUAAACGAAUACAGAUUAGACAAGAAAUUUUUACCAGUAUAUUUAAAUAGAGUGGGCAAUAGAUGAUGGUCAAUUGACGAUUUUUAUAAGUCUUGUCUAAAACAUCUAUAGACACUAGCUAGGAGUAGAAAUAUUUAUAUUCCAAAUAAAACUUUGAAAUAACUACAACAUUACACAGUAUAAGAUUUAAAUUUUCAUUAAAACUGAUAUAUUUAUUAUAAUAAUUAAGGAUUUACGUAAUCACAGUACUAAAAAUAUACAGUGAUAUAGAGGACUUUUUUUAAUUUUCAAAUUUUAUUUAAAAAUUUAUUUUAAAUUUUAAAUUUCAUGCGAAGAGGUCGCAUAGGUUGUUUUUUUUUUUAGUCCACAGGCAACUUAAAAUAAAAUUGAAUAGUACUUACUUUAUAUUGUAUAAUAUUAACUAAUGAACUAUUAAAUGGUUUUCACACUUUCUAGUAAUCCCGUUCUGUGACCUUACCCCUAGUUUGCAACGUCACUCUAAAUACGUGACGUCAUCAAUUGUU